AUGCGAUUAGUGCGUGAGACUGAGAGAAGACAGGGUGAAAGCAUGGAGAAGGGAGUAGAGAGAUGGGCAGUGGAUAUAUCAGAGUGGAACCCGACUUCUCAUCAAUUCUCUUUUGCUCUCUCUCUUCUUCCCCAACAUCACCACUCCUCUAUCACCAGAUUUGUGAAAAUGGAAGAUCGGAAACGAGCACUUGUGAGCCGGUUGCUUCAGUAUGCUCUAGUGCAUCAAGUGUUGGGAAUCCCAUUCCACCAAAUAAUCAUUAAGCGCACAAUUGAAGGCAAACCCUAUCUGGAAUAUGAUGAAGUUAACCUGGAAUUUCCCAAUUUUAAUUUCAAUACAUCCCAUCAAGGUGACUAUGUGGCCAUAGCUUCUGAACCACUAUGCCUUGUAGGAUUGGAUAUUGUUUCUCCUGUCAUUCCAGGGAAAGAGACAAUUCUAGUAUUCGUCCAAAACUUCUCGCAGUAUUUUUCUGCUUGGGAAUGGGAUUGUAUAGUUAAUGCUGGCACUAGUGAUGAAAUUUUGGUUGAGUUUUAUAGAUAUUGGUCUCUAAAAGAAGCAUUUGUCAAAGCCAUGGGGACUGGACUGGCAUACAGGUUGGACAAUGUGGAGUUCCGUCACACGAACUGGACCAACAUAUAUGUAAACAUGAACGGUGAGGACAAGAAUGAGUGGAGAUUUUGGCUUUCAGAGCUAGGAAAAGGACAUUUGGUAUCCAUAGCAAGAGGUCACCCAAGGUUAGCUGCUGAGAGUUAUAAGAGAACACUUAAACGGGUGGAUUUUGGGGAAGAGGAAUAUCACUUAGGUCUUCAUCUUCCAAAUGCAAGUUUCAAGUUGCAAACUGUGGAACAACUCGUUUCAGUCCAGGGCAGAGCAGAUUAUGGUAUUCCUACUGAUAACAAAGUUCACAGGUUUGAAGCUGAUGAAGUAGUCAAUGGUGAGAUUUGAACAUUGUAAUUUAAGAAAAGCAUACUCAAUCAGUUUAUUAUGUUUAAUGAAAGUAAAGAUUGAGGGUAGGAAGAUGUUUAGAAUCCUACUAUAAUACCAAGUAUACUUUUUUGAUACCUACCGAAAAGGUACCACCGAUCAGGUCCACAUGUGCAACAUAGCUCUUGUUGCUUCGUACCUGAGUCCUAUUCGCUUGUACCACACAUGGGGUUCUAUAAGUAUGUAUUUUUUUUAAUACAACCACCUAUUUAUUCA